GUUGUUAAAUACUCAGAACGACUCUCCAGCCCUCCCCUCGCUUGAGGCCACCUCACCCCGCCCGCUGCUGGGAGGAGGGAGCCGUCAGCGCUGUUGCCGGAACACUGGGUGGCCUUUAUGCUGUCAACAGUGGCCUCGGAGGCCUUCCUGGCAGGAGCGCCAGGGACCCAGGCAGACAUGCAAACCCUGAGGCAAGAGGCUGCCCAGCCCUAUGUCCCCUCGGGGACCCUCGAGGCCAGCUUCCCAGCACCUCUCUACAGUGAUGACUACCUGUCCCUGGAGGGUCCCCGCUGGCCACUGGCCAUCAGGCAGGCCACACGCUGGAAGCACACACCCAUGGGACGCGACGCAGCUGGCCAGCUGUGGUACACAGGCCUGACCAACUCGGACACCCGGGAGGCCUGGUACAACCUGCCGUUGGACCCGGCCAACCCCUUCCGCGAGGCCUACAACCGCUGGCACAGCUGCUACCAACACCGUGAGCACAGCAUGCCAUCGGCCUACACCCAGCACCUUCGGGAGACCACCUGGCACGACCCCAUCAUCCCUGCCCAGUACCAGGUCCCCAGCACCCGGUGGGGGAGCACGCUGUGGAAAGACAGGCCAAUCCGGGGCAAGGAAUAUGUGAUCAACAGGAACCGGUACGGGGUGGAGCCGCUGUGGAGGGCAUCAGACUACGUGCCCUCCCUGUCGGCGCCCCAGCGCCCGCCUGGCACCACCCAGAGCUACCAGGAGUGGGGUCUGGAGCCGUACUGCCCCUCCACCUGCCAGCGGCCCCUGCCUUCCUCCACGCCCAUGCCCCGAUAAACGCAUGCCACGACGCACCCACUGUCUUUCUGCACCCAGAUGAGGGGGCACUAACCUUGUCCCGGG